AUGGUGAAAAAUUUAAUUGUGGAAUGUAUUUAAUUGAUUAUAUAUUUUUAGAAAAAUAUUGUUAAUGGGAAAGUUAAGAACUAUUUUAUUAUAAAAAAACCAACAAUUUAAUUCAUAAAGAAACUCUAUGUUUCGCUCAUUUAUAAUAUUGUUUAUAGGUUUGA